AUGAAGGAUAAACUGGACGUAGAUAGAGUUCCAGGCAUGCUCAUUGCGAAGGGAAUACUCGGGCCAGAGUGGAGAGACAGCGUAGAAAAUCCGAAGGGGAGAGUUCAAGAAAGGGAGGCCAUCCUUUCAAUUGUUCGCCAGAAAGGUCCGAAUGGGAUCAGGACCUUUAUGGACGUCCUAGAAGAAGUCGGGCAAUUAUAUCUCAUGGAUGCGCCAGAUGCGGGAGGAAUACGCCUUCUCAAAGCUGCGAUCUUUGCACCGUGGAGAUGCAUCCGAAAGGGAUAUUGCCCGGUAGCGUCAUCAGACCAGAAACGGAUCUCUCAAGACGGCUCUUGGAAAAUUAUCGUGCUUUUCUGUGUUUGCUUCUUCAUUGUUUUCGGUGGAGUGUUGGCCAUCGUCUUUCUGCUAGGCGAAGUCUUCUACUGCAGAAUCAUAAAAAAAUGGGAGAUUUUGGGGUUCACUUUGGAAGAGACAGGAAGUGCGUCCAUGUCACCAAAUGUGAAGCAGGAGAAAAGAGAGGAAAUAGAGAGAGAGGAAGAGGCAGAAGGAAGACGCAAUGAGGAAAAUAUGGACAUGGCUGCAACAUUUGCGGCAACCUCAGAGCCUUCCACACCAAUUAACCACAUAGAUCUAGAGGUCACUAACAAGAUGAAGCUGAUACAGGAAGUAGAGAAAACGUUGGAGAAAUGGCAUGAGUGUAUAGGCGAUGCAAGGACAAAGAAAAAGACAGCGAAAGAAACAUCGAGAAAUGACAGGGAGAGAUCAGAGUACUGGCGAACGGAAGCAGUGAGAACACAGUCAGCAGCUGCACGGGAGAUGGCAGUUUAUUACGCAGAUGCCGCGACUGCCUGGUUCUCCGUAAUAGAAAAGUGGGAAGCAGUGAUGGCGAAGUGUCGUGAAGCACUUUUGGAGGCCAAUAAAGAUGUUGAAAAGGGGGAGAGUCCGCAAACCCGCUUAAGUAACAUUGCAAUUAGGGCCAACGAUGUGAAGGAAGUCUGGAUUGCGGCACUGGGCGCCACAAGUGAGGCAAAGGAAAAGUCAAGUAAGGCAGUGAAGGAGGAGAAAAUGAUCUCAGGCGAUGCAAGGACAAAGAAAAAGACAGCGGAAGAAACAUCGAGAAAUGACAGGGAGAGAUCAGAGUACUGGCGAACGGAAGCAGUGAGAACACAGUCAGCAGCUGCACGGGAGAUGGCAGUUUAUUACGCAGAUGCCGCGACUGCCUGGUUCUCCGUAAUAGAAAAGUGGGAAGCAGUGAUGGCGAAGUGUCGUGAAGCACUUUUGGAGGCCAAUAAAGAUGUUGAAAAGGGGGAGAGUCCGCAAACCCGCUUAAGUAACAUUGCAAUUAGGGCCAACGAUGUGAAGGAAGUCUGGAUUGCGGCACUGGGCGCCACAAGUGAGGCAAAGGAAAAGUCAAGUAAGGCAGUGAAGGAGGAGAAAAUGAUCUCAGGUUAUCGGCCAGUAGCUCCUAAGAACUGGGAAACGGUGCCACAAGCAGAUGAAACAUUGGAAAACAGUUGGAACAUCUCACAGAGUGAUAGUAGACUCGUGUUGCUAAUUAUCGUCUUCGUUCUUGGCGCACCCCUACUUCAAAUAUACAGAGGCAGUCAAACAACAGCAGAUAAUGAUGUCAAUACAAGCCAAGAAGAGAAGAUUCCCCAGUCAUCAAAAAAUGAAGCAAUUCAUCCUGAUCAGUGGAAAAUAACUGAAUCGCACUUGGAUAAUCAGGAGUUAUCGACUUUGACACCGCCCGGAAACGAGGAAAUUUUGGGGCGAAGUGUGAUUGAGACAGGAGGCGAGUCUCAGUCACCGAACAAAAAGGAGGAGGAAAUCGUGGUGCAGGGGAAAGAGGAUGACGCAGAAGCAGAAACAAAGAAAGACAUUGCAGCAACAAUUGAGGCAGCUUCAAAUUUGUCACAACAAACCAAUUAUGCAGAUUCAGAUGUCUCUAAUAAUAAAAACCUAAUAAGGGAAAUGGAAAAACUGUUGGAAAAGUGGCAAGUAUGCGUAGGGGAUGCAUCGACCAAUAAAACAGAGGCAGACGAAACAUUCAGGAUAGAGACGGAGAGAGCGGUUUAUUGGCGAACGGAAGCGAUGCGAACUGAAUCAGUGGCUGCGAAGGCUGUGGCACUUUUUUUCGAGGAUGCGGCGGCUGCUUGGCGCGACGCAGCGGAGAAGUGGGAAGCUGUGAUGAAGGAAUGUCACAAAUCCCUAGUUGAGUCCGACACAGAUGUGAAGGAGGUGGGCCUCGAAAACCGCUUGAAUGGGCUUGUCUCAAGGGCGAACAAUGUAACACGAUUCUGGAUUGAAGCACUGGAUUCCAAGAUUGCAGCAGAGUUAAAAUCGAAGAAGGCCGUGGAUGAAGAAAAAACCAUGUCAGUUGAGGGAUCGUAG